UACAUACAAUGUUGCAGCCCGUAAUUUGCUGAUGUUUUCAUUCUCAGAUGUUCACUGGCAGAUGUUUAUAGGUAAUGUUUCCAUCCCCUAAAGACAGAUAAAGAUCAGAUUUAUGAAGAUACUGAUAAUCAAAGGCAAUAAUAAUGAAAAUUAAAAAAAAAAAGAGGUAUUCGACUUACAUGAAAACCAACUUAUGAUGGGGCGUUGGAAUGGAACCCUGUUGUAAAUUGAGGACGACAUGUGGUUACAUAUUAGCAUUUACAACAUUGAAAGUGGAGCUUCUUCUCCAUUGUUUCUUCUUGUUUCCAAUAGUCAUUUGACACAUUAAAAAAUUUAUUGAACGCUUACUACAUGCAGUGCAUUGUAGAAGGCUUAUGAAUUUAAAAAUAUUCUGUACAGGGGAAUCUUAAGUAUUGUGAUGUCACAGAAUAUAGCACUAUAAGAAAAAGACUUCACCUGUAGUUUUUAGGACUUUAAAAAAAAGUGAGUCCUCUUUCCUUGCUACUUUCCAUAUAUAUUCUCAGAAAAUUUUUGUAUACGUACUUUGGGACACAUAGUACUCAAUAAAUGUUUGCUAAAUCACUGAUGAAGGAAUUUACAGUAAUUAAAAUAAUAGAAAAUCUGUGAUUUACAAUACCAAAAAGGAGUAUUUCUAGAUAAUGGAUUUUAUUCUUUAAAGGAAAUUACAAAAAAUUUACUUAUUUAGUAAUUUCUCUGCCUAUGAUCCAUUACUUCUUUUAAUUGGAACAGUAACCUUUUGCUUUUGUAUUACAGUUAUUUUUAAGAGAAAUGAAUAGAAAUAACGCAUUUUGAGGAAGCCAUGGCAAAAUCAAAUACAAAACACAGAACUUGUUCUCGAGAAUCUUCAGUAUCUUCUCUUCUGUCAAGCUGCAACCUGAGUGGUACUAAUUCGUCUAAUUCUGGUGGCUGUUUUCAGUAUAAGGAUAAAUUAUACAGCUCUGCUUCUCAGGCUUUACAGGCCUAUAUUGAUGAUUAUGAUCUAAGCCGAAUAUAUCCUGGUGCAAGCACUGGAAAGAUUAACAUUGAUGAGGGUUCUACUAAUAUGUCAAAAUUCUCCACUUAUGUUUAUAAAAACAAUGCUUUUGAAAAUCUUGAUCACAAGAAGAGCUCAAUCUCCUUGUCGUUAUCCCAUAGAAAACAGACUCUUAAUGACAUAGACUCCAUUAGCCUAACUACUGAUGAUCUAUUAAAACUUCCAGCAGAUGGAUCAUUACCUUCUUCCACUUAUGUCGGACCAGGUCACCGAACUAACAGGAAAAACAAGAAAUGCUUUGGAAGACUAGGUUCAUCAGACGUUGAAAAGAAUCCAAAUUUUCAAGAACCCUUCUUUCCUGUGGGCAAGGAUAACUUAGUUACUUCUCUUGUAUACACAAAUGUAAAUGGAAAGCAACGUGUUAGGCUAAAAAAUGCAAAAAUUGCGAAUAAGACUAAUAAAUGCGUUUCUGAACCAUCUUUGUCUUUUUCCAAGAAGUCAUCGUCCAAGGACAGUUCAGAACACAAUCUUGAAAAGAAUUAUCCAAGAUGGCUUACUAGUCAGAAAUCUGACCUCAAUGUUUCAGGGAUAACUAGUAUACCUGAUUUCAAAUAUCCAGUCUGGCUCCACAAUCAAGACUUGCUACCUGAUACAAGUAGUCAAAGGACUUAUAAAAUACUGAAAGAAGAUCAGUGUUCCCCUAAACAUAGUUAUCAGGCACAAAGAACUUCUCGGCAUAUGAAUAAGUUAGAUUGUUUUGAAUAUUCUUUUGAACCCUCAAACUUUUCAAAUUCCUUGCAUGAUGAUAAAGGAUUAGUUAAUGAGUACAAAUGUGAUUUUGAGUGUAGCCAAUGUCACUAUGAGAAUCCACUUCUCCCAGGACAAUCCAAAAAGCCAUUCAGUGAUGACAAAAUUGAAUUGCUUAUCCUGAAAGCCAAGAGAAAUCUAGAGCAUUCUACUGAAGAAUUACCAAGCUCUAUGAAAAAUGAUGGCAGUCCUUGCUCAUUAGAUAAACUUGAAGCAGAAAGAUCAUGGGAAAAUAUUCCUGUUACUUUCAAAUCACCUGUUCCUGUUUACUCUGAUGAUAAUCCUCAACAAACCUCAAACGUGAAAUAUGCUAAAGAGUUCCUUGAAGACUUUUUAAAUAAUGAUAAUCAGAGCUGUACCCUUUCUGGAGGCAAACACCAUGGUCCUGUUGAAGCCCUGAAACAAAUGUUAUUUAAUCUUCAAGCAGUACAAGAAAGUUUUAAUCAGAAUAAAACCACAGAGCCAACAGAAGGGACUAAGCAAGUUUCAGAAGAUGAAUUUUCUAAAUUGCAGCUGAAGGAAAGUAUGAUUCCUAUUACUAGGUCACUUCAAAAGGCAUUGCACCAUUUAUCUCGCCUGAGAGACCUGGUUGAUGAUACCAGUGGGAAACAGUCACCGAAAAUAUGAAGAGGAAAAUAUAACUGCCUAACCAAUAAAUAGUCACCACAAAACAAAAACGUUUUUUAUUCUAUUACUUAAACUGACAAAGUAAUUAUAAGCCAUAUAUUAUUCUGUAACUGGUACAAGUAUUAUGUAUUUCUAAACAAACAAACUUGAGCGUGUUCACAGGUUUUGUGACCUAUCCUCAUUUUGUGCCAAAAUACAAGAAUCUGAACUGAGAGGACCCACAGAGAUGUGAAAGCCUGACUUUGGACUUCACGCCCACAGAUGCCUAAUAUUCAAAGGUGAAUGAUUUCCAUUCUUGAAGGUUUACAUGGACUUAACCUUCUUCAGUGUCCUCAUUAUUUUAUUAUCUGAUUCUGGAUAAUUAAAAAACUCUUCCAGGUUUCUAUCUAAAGUGUCUUAAGUUAAAUAGACUUUUUGAUAUGCGUAGCAUCUCCAUUUAAGGAGCUUAAAGGAAUAUGAAAAUUGUUGUGAUGUAUCUUACUCAUAUAGAAGUCUUUUAAGUUUUUGUAAAUCAAAUACUUAAGGUAUGUUCUGUUUGCAAAUGACAUCAAUUUAAUAGGGGUGAUGCAGUGCUAAAAGGAAUAUUCUUUUAUGUUGUGAUACUCAAGAGAACCUCAUUUAAUUAAUGCUUUGAUUAUAUGUAAGAUAAUCUUGAUAAUAUUUGACGGUAUACAAAAUAUUUUGGGAUAUUUGAAAAUGUAAUAUUUUGAUAUUAGAUUAUUUCCCAGAUUUUAGUUUUGGUAUUAACUCAGACUAGUAAUAACUAUAAGAUAAAUAGCCAGUUGCUUUAUGAAAUUUCAUAAGUAAACUUAAAGAAAAUGGAUAUGGCAAAUCAGAGAGCAAAUCGCUGUUGUAAAGUUAUUUGGUAAGAGCUGAGCUUUCUUUAAAGCAGUCAGUCCUGCUCAGAAUUAGUCUCUAGCUGGAACUGAACAGAGCUUUGUAAUUUUGCAAUUUCUACCAAGUGAACUUCUAAUAAGCAGGAAGCAUCUUUAUCAGUAAAACCAAGAAUUAAACCAUAAAGCUUAACUAAUGUUGCAUGUUAAAAAAGCCUAAUGAAAUUAAACAGUAUAUAUGUAUACAAAUACUACAAAUUAACUCUUUACCCAGCUGACAGCAUUUUUGCUAAGUAAAUUUACUGUCAAGUAGACCAGAAUUUCUAAGUACAUUGGGUCAAAUAAUUUCUUUUGUCUAAAUUGCUCAGGCACUGUUUAAUACCUUUGUUAUAGUACUGACAUGUCAAAGAUUGUAGUUAGCCCUGUCUUUUUAAAAAUUUUUUUCUUGACCAGUCAGUUAAUGUCACCAUACUACUCUUUGCCCAGUUUGAAAGACAUUUGCCAAGAGCUUUGUUUUGUUUACUCUGUGGAGGUCUUUCUGCCACUGACAUUCUGUUUCCUGAUUGUGGUCUUCUGCUUCACAGCAAAUAGUUUGGAUAAUCAAAUAUGGAAUUACCUUAAUGGUUAAAGUAUGGCUGGAUGUUAAAAUACAGGUUUUAACUGGGUAAGCAUUAGGUGGAUCUGGCUCAUGUUCCAGGCGAGUGAAAGCAUCCAUUAGACAAAUUCUAAAGAAAGCACAGAAGUUAAAGACAUCGGGAAUAAACUUUCAAUUGUGUAUUAAAUAUAUGUCGAUACAUGUAAUAUUAGUCCUGGUGGUACAGUGGUCAAAAGU